AGACUGCUGAAGGCACUGCUUCCUCCUCUCUCUUCCUGCGAGUGGAGUGCGAGUGAGUGCAGGGUUGGGUGAGUGCACGGAGCUGGAAUCUGUUGAGAUCUGCCCAGGUGGGUGUGUCCCCACCCGCCCCAGGAGCAGGUCCUUCCAGCCCAGCCCAGUGCAGAGCAGACAGCGGAAGCCAGCUUGGGGCAGCGGCAGAGCUCAACGGGGAGCACAGGUCUCCGGAUGAUGAAGCCCUGACCAAAGGCACCCACCCCCGGCAGCCAUCUGCCCUGCAGCCAUAACCCACAUUCUCCGGCCCUACCCCUGCUGGCUUUGGGACUGUCUCCAUGCAGCCUCCAGGCCCUGCCCUGGAGAUGACUGCGAAGUCAGGACCUUGGUGUGCCCCGUGACGCCCCGAGGCUAGGUCCUCGGCACACUCCGGCACGAUGUUGGCCAACUCCUCAGCAAACACUUCUGCCAACAGCUCUGAUCUCCCGUGCCCUGACUACCGGGCCACCCACCGGCUGCACAUGGUGGUCUACAGCCUGGUGCUCCUCGCAGGGCUCCCGCUCAACGCGCUGGCCCUCUGGGUCUUCCUGCGCGCGCUGCGCGUGCACUCCGUGGUGAGCGUGUACAUGUGCAACCUGGCGGCCAGCGACCUGCUCUUCACCCUGUCGCUGCCCGUGCGCCUGCCCUACUACGCGCUGCACCACUGGCCCUUCCCGGACCUCCUGUGCCAGACGGCGGGCGCCAUCUUCCAGAUGAACAUGUACGGCAGCUGCAUCUUCCUGACCCUCAUCAACGUGGACCGCUACGCCGCCGUGGUGCACCCGCUGCGGCUGCGCCACCUGCGGCGGCCCCGCGUGGCGCGGCUGCUCUGCCUGGGCGUGUGGGCGCUCAUCCUGGUGUUCGCGGUGCCCACGAUGCUCGUGCACAGGCCCUCGCUCUGCAGCUACCGCGGCAUCCGGGUGCACCUGUGCUUCGAGAGCUUCGGCGACAAGCUGUGGAAGAGCAGGCUGCUGCCGCUCGUGCUGCUGGCCGAGGCGCUGGGCUUCCUGCUGCCGCUGGUGGCCGUGGUCUACUCGUCGGGCCGGGUCUUCUGGACCCUGGCGCGGCCCGACGCCACGCAGAGCCGGCGGCGGCGGAAGACGGUGCGCCUCCUGUUGGUCAACCUGGUCAUCUUCCUGCUGUGCUUCGUGCCCUACAACACCACGCUGGCCGUCUACGGGCUGCUGCGGGCCGACCUGGUGGCGGCGAGCCCCGCGGCCCGCGACCAGGUGCGCGGGGUGCUGAUGGUGAUGGUGCUGCUGGCGGGCGCCAACUGCGUGCUCGACCCGCUGGUGUACUACUUCAGCGCCGAGGGCUUCCGCAACACCCUGCGCGGCCUGGGCUCGCCUCUCGGGCCCAGGACCUCGGCCUCCAACGGAGACGGAGGGACGCUCGCCCAACUGUCCCGGGAGCCCACCCCCACCAGCAGGCCUGCUGCCUCCAGCCAAGGACUGAUCAGGCAUUCCACCCCCUGGACGCCAAUCCCCGAGGAUUCCGUCCUCUAAGCGAACAGGGGGCCCCAGCCCGGUUACACCCACCUCCACCCCCGGCCGCCCCCC